AUGCCCCUUGAUACCAUCUACCUGACCAGGCAUGGCCUUCGUCUAAACUGGUCCAUAGAUCUCUCUACGGGGACUUACCAUGCUAAUUACCCGACUCCGACCGGCAUUCCCGUCGACCCAACCCUGACUGGGCCUGGGGUAAAGCAGUCGCAUGAACUGGCGGCUCAUGUUAGCAGCGCGGAGUUCAAACCGAAACCCUGCCGGCCGACAGUGGAAUUGCUGAGAGAGCUUCAAGGGCGUGAGAAGAAGGAAAAUGUUGACCUGAAUGUCCGGGUCGAGAACGGACUUGGGGAAUGGUUCGGGUCCUCGUCUUUCUUCACGCAUCCGUCGCCUGCAUCAUUCGAUGUUCUCGAUCCUUUGUUUCCGGCACUGAUCUCCCCCUCAUACACCGCACACGUUUACCCAAGCCCGAGUGGAGAGACAAUAGCCCAACUCCAUGAUCGUGUCGCAACAACUCUGGAAGUUAUCAUUGCCGAUGUAGAUGACGAGAUUCACGAAUAUGAACGCACGCAUCCAGAGGCUGCUCGGGAGAGUUAUUCCCUGAUCAUAUGUGCACACGCUGCACCAUUGAUAGCCAUGGGCCGGGCUUUGACGGGGCAGAUGCCAGACGACUCAUCCACAAAAGAUUUCAAGGUCUUUACAGCGGGAUUAAGUACGUUUAGGAGGCGUAACCAGAGACCGGUGUCAUCCCAGGAGAAUGAGACACACGGGGAGGGCAGCCAAAUGGUUUCUGGCAAAAGAAUACCUUCGUGGCGUAGUGGGAGAGGUGUUGGUGGUGGAUGGGAUUGCAUUGUGAAUGGAGAAUGUGGAUUUCUGAGCAAUGGAGCAGAAAGGGGUUGGCACUUCCAUGGAGAAGAGGACUUCAAUUCAAUGCCCGCGCCGGUAGUGGCAGCAGAAGCCGGGUCGAAGGAAGACUCCUCCCGGACAACUACCAAGCUCUGA